AUGUCUUCAGCCCUUGAUAAAGCCCUUCUAGCUAUGUCGUUAGAAGAGGAAGAUACACCUUUCGACCUUCCUGAUCUUCCUCAAUACAGCUCUUGUCAAAACAACUCAAUCAGUUUGAUAGGAAGAAUCCUUAAUCCCGAUUGCCAGAAGAUUUCAAAUUUGAUUCGGGAGAUGCCCCAUGUUUAUGAGAAAGGGGUUCACUCGUUCAACGAUUGGACCUUAGCUAUCGAGAGAUGGGAAGAAAGACCUCCACCUGAUUAUCUCAACUUUGUUAACAUCUGGGUUCGUCUUCGUAACAUUCCAGUCAAUCAUUACACGGCUAAAUCUAUUGAAGCUCUUGGUGAUUUAGUUGGUCAGGUUGUGAUAGUCGCCUUUGAUCCCUCUAGGCCGCGUCUAAAUGAUUAUGAGAGAGUCUUGGUUCGCUUCGACGUCUCUAAGCCUCUACGCAAAACAAAGGUGGUUAAUCUUCCAAGCGGUGAGCAAACUACAAUCUUAUAUGAGUAUGAAAGAAUUCAUAAAAGAUGUUUUCAUUGUCAACGCUUAACACAUGAGCAAACGGUAUGCCCCUUCAAGCUUCGACAACUAGAAAAGAGUUCAGAGCAGAGUAACAUCUUGAACAGAGGUUUGAAGAAUUCUCAAGACAAGGUUUUAAAAGAAUCUGAUCCUCUCUUUGGGGUUUUAGAAGAAAAUCAGGUUGGGAUUAAUCCUGCAACAGGAAGACAGAGAAUUGCCAAAGAAGUACUUGAUGGAAUGAGGCAGUAUCUUCUUACAGCUUCAGGUCCCGAGAAAAUCAUCAGAGAAUUCAGAGUCAAGGCUUCUCUAGCGGAUUUGGGAAGUGAUCCUGUAGCUCAAAAGUCUUUUCUCAGUCUGGAAAAUGUUCCGGUGAUUACAUCUGAAGUUGAUAAAGGAAAAGGACAUGUUUUUGAGUAUCAGAACAAGUCUUCAUCGGAGAUUCCUAAUCAUACUCCCGGUUAUCAUACUAAACUUCUUGCAUCUGCUAUUCAAGCUGGGAGAAACAAGAUUGACAUAUCUACUCCUCAAUACUUCUAUUCUGAAGGCUCAGCAAACGAUUUCUAUGAAGAUUCAAGAUCUUUCAUGGAGUUCUCUUCGGUUAAUUCGGCAGAGAUUGGAGAAGCUGGUACAUCACGUUCGGUAACUGGUUUCAAGCCUGGAAGAGCUCGUAGAAGACCUCCUAAAAGUAAAAGACAACCUACUGAAGGAGCUUUAAAGAUUAAUGAAGUCAGUUACAAGAACAUGGUUGUUAAGAGAAAGGCUGAAGAUGAAGUCAAGCAAGGUUCUAAGAUCAAGCGAAAGCUUAACGAGGCGGUCCCAAUGGAGGGACUGCCCAAAGAUUUAUGA